AUGUCAAAUUCCGAAGAGUCACGACCGCAGAAGAAGAGGAAGAUGGAAGAGUCUCCGUCGUCAUCGUUUCGUUUAUCGUCUCUACCAGAUGAUAUAGCUCUCAACUGUAUAGCUUUAACCUCCAAAUCAGACCGAGCAGCUUUAUCACUCACCUCCAAGAGGUAUCGCUCUCUAGUAGCUUCCUCUGAUCUCUACAAGAUGCGAUCUUUGAUGGGUCGCACCGAAACAGACAUCUAUGUGUGCUUAGGAAUCUAUCCUCUUCAUCAUUGGUAUAUCCUCCGCCGUAGAAACGCAUCUUCUUGCUCCGAUUUGAUCCCGAUUCCUGGUCUUCCCUCCGAGCCUCGUGUUGGGAGGAUUUACGCUGUGGAUGGAAGAGAGAGGACUUUUUACUACUCGCCGAGUGAAGGUAAAUGGGGAAGAGGCAAGGGUGGUCAUUUGAUAGGUAACCGUAGAGAUUGGUGUAUGAUUGAUAAUUUGAUCUACUGUGUCAGUAAAAAAGGAAGAGUAUAUUGGUAUGAGCCAAAGGACUUGGAUUGGCCUGAAGGUGAAGGUGAAGAUGAACCAGAGGGGAUGUUUUCUCAUGAGGUCAAGGGUUUGGACUCUCUGAGGUUGAAACUCUCUAAUUCCUAUCUCGUCAACUUUGAUAAGCAUAGUGUUGCUCAGUGGGAACAAAGUAAGAACAUUUUUUCUUCUUGCCGCCGCCGGGCUCAGACUCGCCUCAUAGACUUACUUCCGGGGUCCAGACUCACUAACUCUGGUCCCAACAUUGUGCUCUUUUGGGAUGUUACGUUGGGGUUACAUGGUCUUGAGCUUUGGUGUGCGGAGAUCUCCUUAAAGAGACUAUGA